GCAGCAGAAAGGACUGAGAGGCAGAGAGAGCUGGAGGUGAGUCGACUAAACAUCCAGCAGAGAAUCCAGCACAGAGAGAAAGACGUGAAGCUGCUUCAACAGGAGGUGGAGGCCGUCAAUCGCUCUGCCGACGAAGCGGUGAAGGACAGCGAGAAGAUCUUCACCGAGCUGAUCCGUCUCAUGGAGAAAAGAAGCUCCGAUGUGAAGCAGCAGGUCAGAUCCCAGCAGAAAAGUGAAGUGAGUCGAGUCAAAGAGCUUCAGGAGAAGCUGGAGCAGGAGAUCUCUGAGCUGAAGAGGAAAGACGCUGAGCUGAAGCUGCUCUCACACACAGAGGAUCACAACCAGUUUCUACACAACUACCCCUCACUGUCACCACUCAGAGAACCUACAGACUCGUCCGGCAUCGAUAUCCGUCCUCUGAGCUACUUUGAGGACGUGACGGCGGCUGUGUCAGAAGUCAGAGAUAAACUACAGGACGUUCUGAGAGAGAAGUGGACAAACGUCUCACUGGCAGUGACUGAAGUGAACGUUUUACUGUCUCCUUCACGAGCAGAGCCCAAGACCAGAGAUGAGUUCUUAAGAUAUUCAAGUGACAUCACACUGGAUCCAAACACAGCACACACACAACUGUUAUUAUCUGAGGGGAACAGAAAAGCAACAUAUAUGAGAGAACAUCAGUCUUAUUCUAGUCACCCAGACAGAUUCACUUCAUAUUUUCAGGUCCUGAGUACAGAGAGUCUGACUGGACGUUGUUACUGGGAGGUGGAGUGGAGUGGAGGAGGAGUUUAUGUAGCAGUCGCAUACAAGAAUAUCAUCAGAACAGGGAACUAUAAUGAAUGUGUGUUUGGAUUGAAUGACAAAUCUUGGGUGUUGCGUUGUAACAAAAACAGUUUUAUAUUUUGGUACAACAAGAUCCAAACUCCCGUCUCUGGUCCUCAGUCCUCCAGAGUAGGAGUGUACCUGGAUCACAGAGCAGGUAUUCUGUCUUUCUACAGCGUCUCUGAAACCAUGACUCUCCUCCACAGAGUCCAGACCAUAUUCACUCAACCUCUCUAUGCUGGAUUUUGGAUUUAUGGUGGUUUUGGAGACACUGCUGAGUUCUGUAAACUAAAAUAGUCAGAAGUGAUUUAAGGAACAGCAAAUUAAAUUUUGUGUUUUGAUCCUGAAACUCAUUUUGUCUUCAUCAUUGUCACUUAAUUGCUGAUUGAUCUUCAGCUGUCAAUCAAACAUUGUGGGCGGUGCUUUGACAUCUUCUCAUCAUUGUUGUGUAAAUGUUUGAGUGUCUUUAGGUGGAGCUCCUUUCUGUGUCUGUUUAGCCAUGGAGGCUAUCACUGCUCAUGAUGACCUUUGUUGACCUGAACUGAUAUUUCUCUUCAUGAAAAUGUAAACUGCUCUGAGGUUUAAAUGUUUGAUAAAUAUUAGUAUUGAUGUAUUUGUUAGUUGUUUCUCUUCCACUGCAUGGCUCUUAAAGAGAGAAAUCACCAGAGCUUCUUUUAUCAAAGAGAUUUAGUUCUCAGCACUCUUUGUAAAGAUUUCUUUCAGUGAAAUUAUGUUUAUUUUCUAUAACAAAUUAAAUGUUGUUCUUGUUGUUUUAUUAAUCGAUAUACAAAAGAGGUACUAUGAUGUAUUAUAUAACUAAUUAUUAUUAUCAUAAUCAAUAAGUAAAUCAUUCUUUAUUCUCCUUUACAAAACUGAGAUUCUGGUCAAACAAAUAGAUGAUGAUGAAGUGAAUGUGUUCAUGAAAUCAUUGAACAAGAGUCAUUGAACAGACUUUACUGAUGGGAUGUGAACAAACUGAAGGUUUACAUGAUGAAUAAAGUAUUUCUUGAUUCAAGAAUGAACAAA